AGAGGUUAAUCCUAAUAUGAAGGGUGUUGCCACUAUCAUGUUAAUUGCUUUGCUCUGACUCUGAGUCAGAGCAGAAAUAGAAGUCGCUCAAAGCUUUGAAGAUGUAACAAAGUUCUUGGAAGACAAUCAGAACGAUACUGUUGCUCUCCUGUUCAUUGAUAGCACUCUAUCUGAACAAACAGGGAAUGGAUUCUUCUCAGGAGUAAUGUCAUCAGUUACGAACAUAUUCAGUGGAGUAGAGGAGUCUAAUUCCUCCCACAGUCAUGUAUCUGAAAUUGAAAAGGCUAUCUCUGACGAUACUGCCUUGAUCCAGAUAGAUGUAAGCAAUGAGAAUCUGAGAGAGGUUCAGGAAUCUUAUGAUGUAACCACUGUGCCAUUCCUUAUUGUUACAAAGAGAGGAAUAGUAGUAUUAAAGGAAGCACCUACUCAUGAGACUCACGAUAAGAUAAUCCAAGUUUUGAAUGUUAACCCAGCUGAAACUGAGGAGUCUAGAAGCCAAGAAAAUACAGCUGAUGUAUCUACUUCCUCAGCCAUAGCUCAAGAAUCUGAAAUUGAUGCUAAUGGAAAUGUUGUCUCAUUCAGCGAAUCUUCAAUUGAUGAGGAGGUAGUAGGAAACAGCGAAGUUGCUCCUGAAGAUGUCAGUUUCUCUGAGACUAUAGAUACUGAAGAACCUGUUGUAAUAGAGGAGCCUGUUAUCAUUGGAGAGCCUAUUGUGAUUGAAGAACCUGUUGUGAUCGAAGAGUCUACUGUCAUUGGAGAGCCUAUUUCCAUCGAAGAGCCUGCUGUGAUAGAACAGCCUGAUGUUAUAGAGUUACCUCAAAUAGCUCCUGAACCAAUUGUAAUAGAAGCCCCUGAGUUUGCUUCAGCUCCAGAAGGAUUUGAUGAUGAUCUUAUUAUUCUUGAUCUUGAUGAUUUGUCUGAUCCUUCAGGUGGAUCAACUUACCAAGGAGGAUCACCAGGAAUAUCUGAACCAGGGAAGAUUUUCUCUACAGAUGUAGAUCCAAAUGACCACUCUGAUAUUCCAAGAGGUUUUGAACUUCCUCCAAAACCAAUCAUUAGAAAAGAAGAGCCUGAGCCGAUUAUAAUUCCUGAAUUGGAACCAGAACCAAUCAUCAAAGUUGGGCCUAUUCCGUCACCAACACCAGAGCCAGAACCUGUAAUUAUUUUAGAACCUACUCCAGCACCACAGCCCGAUAUUCAAGUCAAGCCUGCACCUCAAAUUAAACCAGAAGUUGAUACUCAAUCAAGCAGUGAAACACAACCAAACACCCAAAAUACCCCACAAUCAGAACCAAUAGUACAAGUAGCUCCUAAGCCUACUCCUUCACCACAAGUGACUCUUGCUCCUGGAGAAAAGCCAACACCUCCUGUUAUUCCUCCAAAAGUGAUUAGGCCUCAACCACAUCCAACUAUAGUCUUCAACAAUACUCAAACUCAGCCUGCACAGGUUUCACAAAGACCGGUCUCUCCUCAGCCUAUCAAGGUAGUAGAGCCCAAGCCCAGAGUCUCAGCACCCUCACAAAAUCCAGCUCAGCAGAAGCCAAAUCAACAAGUUGAAGAAAGACCAAGACAACAAGUUUUAGAGAAGCCUCAAGAAGAAUCUCCAAAUCAUGCUGACCCAGACGAUAGACAGAAGUAUGUUCAUCAUCAUUGCCAUAACAGAGAUGGAUACAAUGAUUGUCAAGCCCUCGACUGGAGAGAUAAUGAUGGAUAUAUCUCAGAGCUAGAAGAUUACGAAAUCCCAGAGCAAUGGUGGAGAGAUGGAUAUACACCAAUAAAUACAGGCAAUCCUGCUGAUGAAUGGACUAAAUCCCAAAGAGCGAAAUGAGCAAUCCCUCAUCCUCCAGAAAAAGUUACUUUAGAGCCUCCAAAGAGAGUUUUACAAAAGCCUGAACCAGUUGUGCAUGGACCUGCUCAUCGUCCUGUUGUCCAGCCAGCACCACAACCUGUUAGACCAACUCAACCGAUUAAGCAAAGGAUUGAAAGACCAAGAGUUCCUGAGCCUGUCACUAUAAAACCAACUCCAAAGCCUCAAGUUCCUGAUGAAAAACCAAAAGUUAUUUCACCGAAGGCACCCAAAAAUACCACACAGUCAAAGAGCCCUAUUCCAAAGCCAAAGAGCCCUACUCCAAAGCCAAAGAUUACUCCUCCAAAGCCAAAGAUUACUCCUCCAAAGCCAAAGAUUACUCCUCCAAAGCCAAAGAUGACUCCUCCAAAGCCAAAGGUUACUCCUCCAAGACUACAAGUAGUUGCUCCAAAGCCUAAACCUAUUCCUCAGAAGCCACUAGACCUCUCAUCAAGGCCUCCAGUUGUUGGCUCAAGAUCCCCAAUGUCUCCUUCAAGACCCCCAAUGUCUCCUCCAAGACCCCCAAUGUCUCCUCCAAGACCCCCAAUGUCUCCUCCAAGACCCCCAAUGUCUCCUCCAAGACCCCCAAUGACUCCUCCAAGACCAGCAGUAAUUCCUCCAAAGCCACAAGUUUCACAACCUAAGUCAUCAAUUGUGACUCCUAAGCUAGAAGUACCUGCUCCAAGACCUGCUGUGGUUUCUCCAAGACCCCAAGUAGUUACUCCAAGUCCAAAACCAAGCAUCACUCCUAAAGUUUUCCCUGAAUUCCUCCAAAGAAAGCCAUCCUUCCCACAAACACCAGCACCAAGGGUAACUAUUAAUACCACGCCUGCUUUCUCGAAGAAAAAUAACACAAAAUUAGCUGCUAUUCCAAAACCUACUGUUAGCCCAAAACCUACUUCUCGUCCUAAGUCAGCUACUCUUCCUAAGCCUGAAUCAAAACCAAAACCAGUUGCUGUGACAAAAUCUGAGCCAAAACAAAAGCCUGUUGAAAAGAAAGUAGUUGCCUCAAAGCCUGUCCCAAAACCUCAAGUUAUUCAGGCAAAGCUCAAUAAGACUGGAGAAGUGAAGAACACUGUAAACCCAAAGAGAAUCUAUUCUAAAGAGUCAGCUCAAAAAGCAGCUGUUAAUGCCACUCAGGCUCCCAAGAAUGUGACUGUUGGAAUUAAAACACCUGUUGUAGCCUCAGCCAAGAAAGCAAAUGUUACAAUCACAGAGAAACCUAAAACUGAUGCAGUCAAGAAGUCUGUUGAAUUAAAGCAUGAUUUAUCUCAUGUAGUUCCGGUUAAAUUAGACCAUGAGUUAGCUCAUGUGUCUCCUGUCGAACUUAGACAUGAUUUAUCUCAUGUACGCCCAAUUCAGUUGGAGCCUUUUGGAAAUGAAGCAGUUGUAGAAUCUCGUUUAGUUAAAGAUAAAACUACUCCUGUCAGAAUUGCUCAAGAUAUAAUUCCAGAACCUUCUUUGCUUAGAAGACAAUCCCACUUAUUAAGAAGGCAAAAGGAUGGUUUCAUCAGAGAAGAUUUCAGAUCAGCUCCUGUCACUAUAAUUGAUGAAUUAAAAGAUAGAAAAGAAUAUCAAUCAGUCGCUUUCCCAAGAUAUGUUUCUCCAUCAAGGAUUAUUGAAACUCCUGAAGUGCAAGAAAUUGUUUUCCCAAGAUAUACUUCUUCAUCAAGAAUUGUUGAAACUCCAGAAGUUGAAGAAAUCAUUUUCCCUAGAUAUACAUCUCCUUUGAAGGUAGUAGAAGUAAAUGAGACACAAGAGGUUGUAUUCCCAAGAUAUGUUUCUCUUGCGAAUGACACAAAAGUAUUAAAUAAUGACCAGAAAGAAGAAAUCAAAAAUGUGAAAGAUGUCUCACAGACUCAGGAGUCUAAUAAAAUUAAAUUUGUUCAAAGAGAAAUCCCAGAAUUUGUAAAUGAGCCAACUUUCUUCAGAAGACCAACUCCUGUAGUCAAGAGACCUACUAUUCAAAGACCUACUAUUCAGAGACCACCUCCAAUGCAUGAGAGGCUCUUCCCACCUCACAGAGGUUCAUUGCCUCCUUUCUUCAUGCCAAGGCCAACUUUUAAUGUUACUGAACCCGUAGUAGAAGUUGUUGAAUCUAAACACGGAAUUUUUUCGGCUCCAGUAUCUAUCUGCCCUCUUGUAGAGCCAACUCCAGAGAUCAUUGAGGAGCCAAUUGUUUUCCCAAGAUAUGUGUCCCCAUCUAAGAGCGAAGAAGUUAUCAAAGACAAUGAUGCAGCCAAAGAGGCUGGAGAAGAACAAUUAGAGAACCUAGUUGUAAGAGAAAUCAUCGAGACACCUUUCCACAGAAGACCAGGACUUAUUGGAAGAAGACCACUCUCUCCAUUCUUUAGAAAUGGUCCAGUUGAAGUUUUAGAAACAGCUGAAACUCCUUCAGUGUUCUACGAGCCUAUUGAAUUCGAUGAAGAAGUAACUUCUGAAGAAAGAGUCAUUCUUCCUGCACCAGUGUUCCCAAGAUAUACUCGUAAAGUUGUUGAAGAGAACAAAGAAGAAAACAAAAUCCCAGUUGCAGAAGAGAAAGUUUUGACUAGAGAAGCUCCAGAAUUGAGGGUUGAUCAAUCAUUUUUGAGAAGACCAUCUCAAAUUGUGAAAAGACUUGUACCUUCAUUCUUCAGGCCAGGUUCAACUGAAGUUGUUGAGACUUUCGAGGAAGAGCCUAUUGUAGUUGAAUCCCCAGAAGUAUCAUUUAAGCCAAUCGAUUUCUUAAAAGAAGAGACAGCUGAAGAGAAGAUCAUUCUACCACCUCCAGUUUUUCCAAGAUACUCUCCUAAAGUUGUCGAGGAAGUUAAAAUUGAAAGAACUAACCCUCAAGAAAGUGUGCAAACUGAAGAUGUUGUCAAAGAAAUAUAUCUUCCUAGAGAAGUUCCUGAAUUAAUUUCUGAGCCUCAGUUGUUAAGAAGACCAGGACUUAUUCCAAGAAGACCAAGAUCUCCAUUCUUUAGACCAAGUACUUUAGAGGUCACUAAGACUCCAUCAGUCUUUUAUGAGCCAGUUGAUUUUGUAGAGGAAGAGAUUAAUCAGCAUGUAGAAGAGACUGUGAUUCUUCCUCCUCCAGUUUUCCCAAGAUAUACUUCUAGAAAAGCUAUGGUUACUGAAUCAGAAGAACCACAACUAAUUAAGCAUUCAUUCUCGUUGAAGCCUUCUGUCUUUGAAGAAUUUUUCAAGGAAAUUCCUCAAAAACAAGCUGCAACUGGAGUUAAGUCUGUAGAAAACAAUAAUGAAAAUACUCAAGAGAUUGUUUCAGAAAAAGUAGAGAACGAAAUUGAGUACGAACCACUUACAAAGAGAAGCUUUGUUAUUCCAAGAGUUCCUGAAAUUCAGCCAAUUAGGAUUGCUCAAGAAUCAAUUGGAAUUGUACCAGUUAGAGAGCCAGAAGUUAUUACUACAUCUUUUGAGGAACCAGUGAUUGAAAAUCCAAGAUUCAACCAAAUUCCACCACUAUUUAGAGACAGAUUCUCAAGCCAAGGAAUUCAUAGACGCCAUGCUCCAUUAAACAGCCAAACUAGGCCAUACACCAGACCUUCUAUUUCUGAACCAAUUAUAGAAGAAGUUAGACCUUUUGUCGAGAUUCCAUCAGAGAGUAAAAUAGAAACAGAAGUGAUUACCUCACAGCCAAUAGUGGCAUCUGAAAAUACACCUGAAAUUAUUGUUAUUGAAAAAUCUGAAAGUUCAGGCAGAACUGAACAAUAUGAAACCUCUGAUAUUCGGGUUGGCCAGAAUCAAUCUGAAAUAGAAUAUUCUAAUCUAAAAACCCUUUGAAAUGGUAUUAAUUGUAUUAUCCCAAGGAGAAUCAAAAUCGGGGAUAUUAGACUUCCAAAAUUGGAAACUCCAGUUGUGUCAAGGUUGGUUGAAGAACCUAAAGUCAGAGUUACAGAGUCUAUUGUAACCCCAGAGAUAGUUGAAAAAGUAGAGAUCGCUAAGCCAGAGCCAGAAGACAUUCCAGUGAUCGCGAGGAGAAUUAAUUUCUCACCUAUUAGAAUUCCUCAGCAAAUCAUUAAGCCUGUAACUCCAGAAAUGGUUGAAAAACAAGAAGUGGUAAUUACAGAGCCUGCUCCUAUUCCUGUUAUUGCAAGAAAAAUUGAAAUUUCUGAAGCUAGGACUCCAGUAAUCACAAAGAUUACCGAAGAGCCAACAAUUACUCCAUCAGUCUCAGAAAUAAUAGAAGAACCCGCUAAAAUCGAAGAAGUCACUGAAACAAAACCAGAGACUCUCACUCCAGAAAAGGCUCAACAACCUUCUCUCUUCCCUUACAACUCAUUCACCCCCAGAAGAACUCCUAGAACUCCCUACGGACCAGCAAUCGACACCAGAAGACCAGUUAGACCCUACAUCAGAGAAUCCACUUCAUCUACCACCACAGCCUCCCCUCCUGAACCAACCACCCCUACCCCAGCCCCAACCACCACCUCUUCAAUCUCCGUAAACUCAACCACUCCAAGCCCAUCAACCACCAAAAAGGAAAUUCACGCUAAACUAAACCUGCCUCUUACCGAAGAAAGUAAGCCUGCCUCAAUACAAACCAGACUGAGAAGAUAACCAAAAUCCCUCAUAAAAUAAACUUG